AUGAAUCUCAUGUUUUCUGAUUCAGCUGACAAGAUGUGCAUUGAGGACUCCAAUAGUAGGGUGGGUCCUGAUGCUAUUGCGCUGAAGAGUGGUUGGGAUGAGUAUGGCAUUGCCUAUGGAAAAUCGACCAGAAAUGUUCACAUCAAAGGGGCUUACCUUCAAGUUUCUACAGGUUCUGCCCUUUCUUUUGGUAGUGAGAUGUCUGGUGGCAUCUCUGGCAUUGUUUUGGGGGGCCUGCACAUACAAAAUUCCUUCACUGGUAUUUCAUUCAAGACUACCAAUUGCAGACGCGGAUACAUGAAAGACAUUAUAUCAUAUUUAGAAAUGGUAAUUGUGAACAUGGCACUCAAAGCCACGAGUCAAUUUGGAUCCCACCCAGAUGACAAGUUUGAUCCAAAUGCUCUGCCAGUUAUUAAUCACAUCACCUAG